AGCUGUUUCUCCAGAGACUGUAGAAAACGUCCAGUGGCUUUGACAAACAGUCAGUUAAUAUGAAGGACUUCUACUGGAACUGAGCGACUCCCAUGUCCAUUAGAGUCAGGUCAUCACAUCUGGAUCCUUCCAGACCUGUUAGUAAGUCUGGAGCUAGCUUUCACCAUGUGUGAGUCAGUCCAGGUGUAAAUCAGUCCAAGUCAGAGACUCGGCUCAGACCUGAAAUCAGCUGUUGUUGAGUGACAAGUCAGAUCCUCCAGUUUUUACUGGCUCCUACUAAAUGGAUCAACAUGGACAUUAAUGAAGCAGCAGAAUGAAUGUUGACGACCUGUAGCUCCGAGCUGAGCAGCAGCAGAUGGGACAUAUUGAUCACUGAUUGGUAUUGAUUGUUGUGACCCAGUGAAAUAACAGCUGGAACAUUGUGACAUUUACACCUGGUUCUUCACAAACUAUCUGAUUGAUAAUGGAGCUCCUGAUUCACAGCUCUGAGCUCAGUGAGCUGCAGGUAUUGAUCUGAUCAGAAACGUUAGAAUAACAGAAGGACAAAGUGGCUCUGCUCAUUGAUUAGGACACAUCUGAUUGGAUUAUCAAUGACUUCAUCUAAAUGCUUUAUUCUUUAUUCAGACUGUGGGAGUGCAGUUUGUCAGAAUCCAGCUGUGCUUCUCUGACCUCAGCUCUGAAGUCCAACCCCUCCCAUCUGAGAAAACUGGACCUGAGUGGAAACGACCUGCAGGAUCCAGGAGUGAAGCAGCUGUGUGGUUUUCUGGAGAGUCCACACUGUCAACUGGAGACUCUGAGACUGGAGAAGUGCAGUUUGUCAGAGACCAGCUGUGCUUCUCUGGCCUCAGCUCUGAAGUCCAACCCCUCCCAUCUGAGAGAACUGGACCUGAGUGACAACAAUCUGCAGGAUCCAGGAGUGAAGCAGCUGUGUGAUCUAGUGCAGAGUCCACACUGUCGACUGGAGACUCUGAGGUACGGCCAGGGCUGGGACUGGGAGGUUAAAUCUUCCAUAGACAAAUCAUGUGAGUAGUGACACUGUGUCUCCUCUUCAUCAAACCUUCAUCAAUAAACUCUGAUCUUAAAAUGAGCCUGAGCUCAUUUCAUCCCAACAAUCUGUAUCA